UCUAUAUAGUAGUUACGCUGACGUGUAGAACUCUUCACUGUUUACUGUCAUCACUGAAGUUGCCGGGUAGGAAGAAAACACGUUGAUUGAAAAGGAUUCAUUUUCAUCAGUUUAUUCCCUUCACGUAUUAUUGUAGAAAUGGCUGGGGAGAUGUCUGCAAUUGGGUCCUUCAUCUUGGCUCUUCUCCUGGCCGGCUAUCUGGGACAACAAUUUCUUCCUCCUCCCAAGCCGAAAGUGGUAGGGUUAGACCUCGGAACUACAUUUUGCUCUGUAGGGGUGUUCCACGCAGGUAGCGGUGAAGUGGAGGUGCUUGGAGACGAGGAGGGUCGGAAGAGCCUCCCCAGUGUAGUUUCAUUCACUACUACAGGUGUCUAUGUCGGACAUGAUGUUCAGGACUUGGUCGACAGCAACCCUCAAAAUACCAUAUAUGAUGCUAAGAGAUUCAUUGGAAAGGUUUUUGAGCCUGAUUCUUUGAUCGCAGAGAGUGCUAGAUACCCAUUUCAGGUGAUGAAUAACAAUGGAAGUGCGGAGUUUCUCAUCACCACCAAUCAGACAUUCACAGUUAGUCCAGAGUACAUUGGAUCCCGGCUGCUGUUAAAGAUGAAGAAAAUGGCUGAGGGGCAUCUGGGCGUCCCUAUUCACAAAGCGGUCAUCUCUGUGCCUGCAGAGUUUGAUGAGAUGCAGAGAAAUUACACAAUAAGAGCAGCCAACAUGGCAGGGCUUGACAUUCUUCGUGUUAUUAAUGAGCCCACUGCAGCUGCAAUGGCUUAUGGGUUGCACAAGGUGGAUGUGUUUAACGUGCUGGUGGUGGACCUAGGUGGAGGCACGCUGGACGUGUCUCUGCUUAACAAACAGGGGGGCAUGUUCCUUACCAGGGCCAUGGCAGGUAAUAAUAAACUUGGAGGACAGGACUUCAGCCAGAGACUUUUCCAGCAUGCCUCAGAGAGAGUGAGGCAGCAAUAUGGUGUUGCCCCCACCCUGAAGGAGGACAUCCACCGCUUGAGGCAGGCUGUGGAGGAAGCCAAGCUGAAACUCACUGUAGAGUCCAGUAUGCUGCUUCGUGUCUCCCUGCGGCUGCAAACCCAGGCCCCCCACGGGUCUCAGGACAAGCCUGUUGUCUUCCAGGAGCCCAUCAGCCGUGAGCUGUUUGAACAAUUGAACAUUGACCUCUUCCAGAAAAUCCUUACACCCAUCAAAACGGUGUUAGAGGAGGGUCACCUGAGCAAGGAAGAGGUAGACGAGAUUGUGCUAGUCGGGGGCUCAACCAGAAUACCUCGCAUCCGCCAGCUCAUCGCACAGUUCUUUGGAAAGGAGCCCAAUACCUCAGUGGACCCAGACCUGGCAGUGGUGACUGGAGUGGCCAUUCAGGCGGGCAUCAUGGGUGGGUCAUGGCCUCUGCAGGUCAGUGCGAUGGAGAUACCAAAUCACCACCUCCGCAAGAAGAACUUCAGCUGAUCUUAGGUUGACUGCAGUUUACAUAAAGUGGGAUUUCUGAGUGUAAUGGCUCAAUUCAAACAGCUGCAUUCUGCCAUGUUUGGAGUUAAUUUGACGUUUAAUACUGAGUAACAGUUUCUUUAUCCUUUUGCCUGCCUUUUAGAGCAAACUUAAACAAUUAAUUCUAUAUCAGAUGAGUUUUAUCUCAUUUGUCAGCUUUGUACUGAGACAUUUCCAAGAAUUUUUGGAUAUCAUAUUCAAGGCAGAAUGUGCUAGUCACAGCCCAUACUUACAGAUAGAGCAGACUCUUCUUUCACUUGCAUCCUCAUUUUUGAUCAGUGUAUUUUUGUAAGUACAAGGGUGUAAGGGCAAGUUCAUGUCUGAUGGAAUCCAGGUGGGCAAAUGACUUAGCAUGUCUACCUUGUCACUGAUGUGCUUUACCAGGGCAGGUAGGAUUCACUAUUUUUUUGGUGCAGAAGCUACUGAAAUAGCCUCUCUCAAACUGUAACAACUUGAACUGCUGUAGUUGAAUGUCACAAACCGUCCUUGAAGGCUGUAAGGUUGUUUGUUACCUAGCAAAUAUUUUACAGCUGUCAUUCCAAUGCAGCUUUCAAACCGGGUUGCCCCAGGGGUUACCGAUUGUGGGAUCAGCGGGAAGGCUAGUCGUGAAUAGGGUCCAAAAAAUGUUGUCAGCUAUUUAUUUAUUUUUUAUUUAUUUAAAAAAAUAGUUUACUGAUGGACAGUUCCUGCUAAGCAUUGUGUUUGAUGUGCCUUUUAUGAUGACUUCUAUUGUGUGCUGCUUGCCUGCAUUGUGAGUGGCUUCUAGUUUGUGCAGAUCCUUGGGGAAUGUCUGCACAGUCCAGGGAGUGAAUGAGGAUGUAUGAAAAAACAAAUGUGUGCAGUGAUCCCAAAAGGACUGAAAUAAUUAUACUAUCAGUGUUCAUGAUUGUGAUUGCCCAGGAGAUCAUGAGGACCAAAGAGAGGGGGCAGUAUAUGGAAUUAUGUGUGUAAGAGAUGCCAGUGCCAUAUCAACAUUAUUUAAUAUCAACUGUAAUAUGUAGUAAUGUAAGAUGUAGAGUAAAUGUAUUUUUCCUCUGGUUCCAUAACGUAACUGGACCGUCAUCAUUUGCCUACAUAAAAAUGCCCAUAAUUGCCUGUAACGUAUUCCCAUGUGUGUGUUUACAGUAUGUUCAUGUCUGUCACAUUAGAGUGGGACCACCUUUAUGUGAACCCAUGCAAUGGAUUCAGUGAUAUGGCACAGGCAGCAGACGUGGCUGUUGUUUGGUUGAGUAAAUAAAAUGGACAUUUUUAUGACAAAAGGAAAAGAUAUCUAUUUUUGUAUUAUCUGCAGAAAAUUCAUCUGUUGUUCAGCUAAAAAUCUGAUGUUUAAAAAUGUUCAUUAAAGAUGAAUUUCCAAA